AUGGCCACUUCUGGAAAAGUUAUCCGAUGCAGAGCUGCUGUUGCCUGGGCAGUGGGCAAACCACUCUCUCUCGAGGAGGUGGAGGUUGCACCUCCAAAGGCGCGUGAAGUCCGUGUCAAGAUAGUGGCCACAGGGAUUUGUCGCACAGAUGACCACGUUCUGGGAGGUGACUUUACUGAUACAGAUUUCCCAAUCAUCCCUGGCCAUGAAGGAGCUGGGAUUGUGGAGAGCAUUGGAGAAGGAGUGACCUCUGUGAAACCAGGAGACAAAGUCAUCCUCUUUGGCCUUCCUCAGUGCGGGGAAUGCUGCUUCUGCAAGAAUCCUGACUCCAACUACUGCCUGAAGUCACACCUCUCCGUGUCACAGUGCCUGCUGCCCGACAAGACCAGCAGGUUCACGUGCCGAGGGAAACAGAUCCACCACUUCCUCUGGAUCAGCACCUUUGCAGAGUACACUGUUGUGCCGGACUUCAGCCUUGCCAAGGUAGAUGCUGCUGCCCCUCUGGACAAAGUCUGCUUGCUGAGCUGCGGUUUCUCCACAGGCUACGGGGCUGCCAUCAACACCGCCAAGGUAAAGCCGGGCUCCACCUGCGCCGUCUUCGGCCUCGGAGGAGUUGGCCUCUCCGUUGUCAUGGGCUGCAAGGCGGCCGGGGCUUCUCGCAUCAUCGCCGUUGAUAUCAACAAGGAGAAAUUUGCCAGGGCCAAGGAGCUGGGAGCCACCGAGUGCAUCAGCCCUCGGGACUUCAAGAAGCCUGUUCAGGAGGUGCUCACCGAGAUGACCGGGUACGGCGUGGACUACUCCUUUGAGGUCAUCGGGACAGCUGAUACCGCGGCUGCUGCCCUGGCCUCUUGCAAUAUGAACACUGGUGUCUGCGUGGUGGUUGGAGUAUUACCUUCUGGUUCAGUGGUUCCCAUCGAUCCUUUGCUUCUGCUAAGUGGCCGUACCUGUAAAGGGACUCUGCUUGGAGGCUGGAAGAUGAGAGAUGCCAUCCCCAAACUAGUCUCCAGCUAUCUGGAGAAGAAAUUUAACUCUGACUUGCUGAUCACGCACACGCUGCCAAUCGCUAAAAUCAACGAGGGCUUUGAAUUGUUACGCGCGGGCAAAAGCAUCCGCACCAUCCUGCUCUUCUGAGGGACGCGGCCGAGGGAGGAC